GAAUGUAUACACAUAUUCUGUAAUAGCUAAUCAAUUAAAUUCUGAAAACAAGUUGUUUGGAUUUAUUUAAUUAACUGCUAUUAUAGAAAAUUGUGCUGAUAGUCACGGGCUUUAUUCCAAUGUUCUGUCCAUCUAUCUAUAUAUUUCACAGCAUACUCUUUUGGCAUUAACUCCUCUGCUUUUCCACAGAGCAUUUUUUUGUGUGUGUACAAUCCAAAUGCAUUAACUAAUGGCAGAGAAACGAGGGAAGGAGGCCCAAAAAUGUUCAUCUAGAUUGUAAAAAUUACAACUGCCAUUGUUUUUUCAACCGAAUGUGGGCUCAAAGUGCAUCCAAGUCUGUAAAUGAGACCAAUGCUUAUGGAUCUCUCAGUGCUGUUUAUAUUCCCCUCAAGAUUAGUACGGUUUUGGCAAGAAAAAAAAGAGCUGCCCAAAUCGGGGUAAGAAGAUUAAAGCUGUUCAGUUCAUCUGUAUGCCUUCACCUUGGUGGUACACCAGUCAUGAAGGAUUAUGCAGCGUCUCCACCACAGAGGAAGAUCAAGGACAAGCCUAGCUCACCCGAAUAUAUGAGUAAUCUGGUAGCAAGAUUAUUUGGGCCUGCAAUAUUUGAAGCUUCCAAGCUGAAUGUGCUGUUUUUAGGGGUGGAUGAAGAGAAGCCUCUCCCAAGAACUUACACUCUAACACACAGUGAUAUCACUGCUCACUUAACAUUGGCAAUUUCUCAAACCAUCAACAAAGCACAGUUACAAGGCUGGUAUAGCAGAUUGCAGAGAGAUGAAGUGGUAGCAGAAUGGAGAAAAGAUCAAGGCAAAAUGUCAUUGCAUGUACAUUGCCAUAUCAGUGGGGGACAUUGGCUUCUUAAUGUUAUGGCCAGGCUUAGAUUUUCCAUAUUUCACAAGGAGUUGCCAGUGGUUUUGGAAGCUUUCAGGCAUGGAGAUGAAGCACUUUUCAAAAGCUGUCCAGAGUUGGAGGAGGCAUUGGUUUGGGUGUACUUCCAUUCAAAUGUAGAGGAAUACAAUCGUGUGGAAUGUUGGGGUCCACUGGUUGAGGCAGCCAACGUGGUAAAGCAAAGGAAAUGGGCAAGGAAAGGCCAAGAAGAUGUCCUUAUCCAUGUGAAUGCUGCUAUCCACCGCUGAAAUGAUAUCAUCAUCUUCAUUCGUCUUGUUCCUCGCCAUAUGCACAGAUUUUGUUUCCCCGUACACUACUGAUUUUCUUUUGGGGGAAGAUAAAUGUUCAAAUUCUAUUCACUCCAAUAAUGCUAUUUGGCCCAUUCCAAUUUAGUUUCCCAAGGGCCACUUACAAUUAGCACGCACAUAAUUUCAAAAAAUACAAAUGCUGAAAUUAUAUGGAAUGUGUUUUAAUCUUUUGUGUUUAGUAGAACUUUGUUUUAAAUUA